CAAUGAGACAUUCUUCUUAUUUUCUCAAAGGAAAUCUACUAAUGCACUACCAGCAAGGGCAGCUGAAGACAAUAACAGUAGCAUAGAAAAGGUGUGGAAUAAAGUGCAAAUGAGUGAUAGUUGUAUUUACACGUUGUGAACUUUCAUUGCUGACAGCCGUACUAUCCGAAGACUUGUGAUGUCGCAAUUAUGAUAUGUUUCCAUGUUGGAUAUAAAGAGAGUGACAUUGAUUACAAAAAUCUGGAGCUCUAAAAUUCCUCAGAUCAGACAAAUCACAAAAGUCUGCCUAUUAAGUUGAGAAUGAUUUAAAAAAUAUGUAACAAUGGGUUGAGAAAGAUAUCUUCUCCAAGAAUAUUACUACAUCGGGGAAUUGAUCAUUGUUUUGUAGUUAUGUGACAUUGAACUUUAUAGUUAUAAUGGAAAUGCCUUGGACAAAGAUCCUUGUGCUGAUCGCUGCCGUCGCAGACCUAGCGACACCAACCCUAACGUGCGAGUAUAUUGUGGAGUCUCGGCGAGUCUCACAGCGUGACAUACCGCCUUUUCGCCCCCUGCGCCAGCCGAACGGAACUUGCGAUAUACCCGGCCGCCUCAGGGACCGUUGGACGCUCUUGACGCCCGACCGUGAGCGGCUGCGUAUCCGGGCACACUCGAUGACAGCGAGGUAUCCUGGAGCAACGAAUUUGACCAGGGUCCGGUACCGGUGUUUAGAGAGUAGAGGACAUACCUUUCUUCUCGGGACGGAGACAAGUAUUGGAAGCCAUGGUUCCGGUGUUCUCUGUCUGGGGUUUGCUGCUAUCUUUGGGAGUGAUGUUGUCGGCGAGUACAGCAUCGUCAGGCUCAACGUGGCCGGACAUGAACGUCACCUGCUGGGUCCACAAAGCCUUCCCCAUACCGCUGUUAGCUGGCCGACACUCAAUGACACGUGCGUUCAAACCAGAGAUCAGAAAGAUUACUACGCAGAAAUAGUCCGUGUGGAACGGCGUUGCUUGUUCCCAGAUGAGCUUCAUCGCAUGUGGAAUUUUACACACCAAAAAGCCAGGCACGUCGCGUUCGCACAGAAAACAUUUACGUUUACGUUCAUGGACGGACGUGUGCACAAGUUUGACUGUAACGUCAAUGAAGGCGAUAUUUACGUGCUGAGAGAAUUCGAAUUUGCGGACGGACAAGACGGCGUGAUGUGUUUCAACAUCACACGGCUCUGGGAAGACCCGCAUUAUAAGUUUGAGAUGUCUAGGCUUAACAGCGGGGAUCACAUGGAAGGGAUGGUUCGGCUUUUUCCUGUAGGGCGACAGGUGGCGCUCCAGGAGGACUGUGAUUGGUUGGGCAGCCCGGCGCGCCCGGAAUUUCUAUACUAAGCCUUACUUAAUUUGCCAGUAUCUCAACUUAAUCUUGGGUUGUGCCUAAGACUUAAUAGAUACAAUUUUCUCCUACCUCAGAUAAGAAGAUCCAAUAAUUUAACCAUGCUAGAUAGUCUUAUCUGGCCCACGGGCGAAGAUAAAAUGCCCGUAUGGAACUUCUUUUUAACGGUCACCACAUUAUAAUUACCUCCCUAGUUGAAGACUGUCGUCAGUAGCAUCAAGGAAAUCUUGUCUUAUGGCAAUAUUUAGAACGCUAAUUAAUUGUUUCUCCCUUCAAAUGUCCCCAUAAAACAGUUUUCACGCACCAUUCAAGAAAUAAUGCUUCAUUUUCCUUAGAACUAUUUAAAAAGACCGAUUUGACUGUUAACAUUAACUGGAUCACUGUGCGCAUAUCCAUGACAACCAAGUGCUAUCGCAUAUCCAUACGCAAUUAUUUUCACUAAGCACAAAAGAUUUCCAGCAAAAAAAUCAUUUUUAAUUAAUUUUGUUUAACUGAGGUGGGAGAAAAAGCAUAUACCUUAGCCGCUCGUGUAAGAUAGUUUCAUCCCGAUCCUCGCGCAGGGUGUUUUUCGGAAACUCGGUAAACCUCGUUUCCGCAAAACACCCUACGCUCGAGUCGGGAUUAACCUAUCUUACACUCUCGGCCAUUGAAGAUACUUAUAAUCUGCUGAGUUGUCAUGGAACUUGGAAUAGUGAAAAUCUGUUAAACUCAAUCAAUUCACAAGAACAACAUUAUGAUGCCUUGAGAAAGGAUUGAACAAUUGUUCUAGACCAAUUAAAGUGGUUGAAGCGGCCACAAGUGUUUAACAAAAUUCCUACACAACAAACUGAAGCCCAACGAGCUGAAAAUGCCGCUGCGACUUAAGCUGAAUUUCAGCAAUGAGCCUUUACAAUGUAGCGCUUUUUAUGUAUUGUCCAAGGUCAAAGUUACAUUAUGUACAGGGAAGUCGAACUAGUAUGGAGUGAAGGACUACAAACACCGUUUGAAUGAAAAACGUGCAUUUAUUAAAAUGCUUAAGUUAUUAAAAAGGGUAAUUUAGAAAAGUUUUCCGAAAAAAACAGAGCUUUUUAUAUCAUUGUCGUUUUUUGGUAUACAUUUCGUUCAGGAAGCAUGCCUGAAAUAAUGAUUAGUUUCUUUAAAAUAAGGGGAAAUUAGUUUCACGGCCUUUCUAAUAAGAUGCUUCAAAGGGAAGUAACCACAGUCCGGUUUAUGCUGAUGUGUAAACGGAUUGAGGAAAGCGACACAACCACACAUAUGGUUUGAUCCGAGCAGCCAUAGGGCUAUUAAACUGGAUCCGGUGUUAAUAUAUUGAGACACUAUGUUUGUGACAAUGAAAUUGACAGUGUCAUUGAUAAGUAUACAAUAGUAACCGCAAUUAAAAACAUUCAUGUAUUGUAUUGCAAACUGUUUUCCGCGCAUUCAAGUAUAUGUACACAAUUGUAUUUCUGGCUUCACUGUAAUGUUAACCACGUGAUUCCAUGUCAGGAAAAAGGACGUUAGUAAGUGAAUAUGUUUUGGUUUAAAAAUUAAAUUAUCAAUCAAUCUAUUAAAAUCCAGAAAACAUGUACAUACUAUUGUGUGGUUGAAUGAAUAUUGUUGGUCCUGACGUUUUGUCACUGUACAUAAUUGUAUAUGCUGAGUGUUUGACCCUGGUUGUGUACUUUUCUAAUUUUAUUUUUUCAUAUAACAUAAUUACCCAUUUGACUACAACAUUCAAUAAUCUAAUAA